GCUCGCUAUCCAAUCAGGUUAGGGGGUCGGUCACCAUGCCAACGUGUUCCUCCCCCCCUCCCUGGCUGCUCUUUCCGGCCCAGGGCUUCCAGCUAUGGUGAGUUGUGUGUGUCCUCAUAGGGAAGUGGGUGCUGUGCUCGGGCUGUGAGGGCUAAGGGAGCGUCAUUACACCCGGGGGCGUCAUUUCUCACCCUGCGCGACAGCAGCAACGUCAUGUUAUAGGUGGGGGAGUGAGAGACAUGGAAUGUGAAGGGGGUGACCAUAUAACAGAGUUGGCCAGAAGAUAACACCCUAUAUACUGUUGGCGAACUACAACUCCCAUGAUGCUUUGCCGGCCUUACAGAUGGCACCUGUUUGUUUAUAUUAUAUUCUACAAAGCCUGGGGCCCGUAUUUUGGCCAAACAUACACAAACUAGUAUGGGGGUCACCAGUAUGUGGACUGUGUUUGCUACUGAGAUUACACUUAGUCUUUUUUUUUUUUUUUUUCAGUAUAUUUUUUUUUAUUGUGUGUUUUUUUUUUUUUUUGUUAUACAUACAUUUAGUUAGAAGCAGAUAAUUUAUAUCUGCAUUAGUUUAUCCACUAACAUUUUAAUCAUCUCAAAAAUUAAACAACAUAGAACAAUCAAUCACAAAAACAGACAAAAAAAUGCACUGAGAGUCUUUUUAUAUAAAUAUUGUGAUUUAUUAUUGUUGUUAUUAUUAUUAUUAUUAUUAUUAGGAUUUAUAUAGCGCCAACUUAUUCUGCAGCGCUUUACAAUAUUGGAUAAAGGGGGGAAAUUUAACAAUAAAUGAGAAAAUUACAAAAUAUUACAGGAACAGUCGAGGACCCUGCUCAGUAGAGUUAACAGUCUAGAGGAGGUGACCAGUACUUGUGUCUGGUGUAAGAUUUGUUAUAGAUGAUGAUUUUUAUUUAAAUUAUAUGACACGUCUGGUCUAAUAUAGCCAUGCUUUCUGAUUUAAUGAUACAAUCUGUAAUUUCAAAACUAGCAGAAAUAGAUUCUUGUUAUGCAGUGCACAUCACCAUGAUCAUCAUUCAUAAAGAAUUAUCAUGCUCUGUGUUGCUAAACAUGGAUUAGAAUAUGUAAAUUAAUCAUUGUAAUAAAACUACUUUUGUUAUGGAGACCCCUGUGCGUUAAAGGUCAAAGGAUUCUUGAUGCAAUUUACACAGAAAAGAUAAAAUGCAACAGACACAAAUUAAGUGGAAGUUCAACCUGACUGACUUUGCUGGUCUGUGAAGAUAUGCAGUAUGCAACUCUAUUAAUGCUUUUUCAUGUCUGAUGAUGUAGACUUGACACGGGGAUUUUUAGAAAAAGACCACCAGAGACAUUGGUUAUGGCCUUGGAAUGUAUAGCAUUCCAUGCAUGGAUAUUUUACAAUCAAUAGAAAGCGUAGCUUACCUGUGACGUAUUUUGAAUAAUGCAAUAAGCUGAACUUUUAUUUAUUUUUUUGCACGUAGAAAAGAAUGCAACUUCCUCUCACCAUAACCUAUGCAAGUAAUCUAAGCUGACGCACAUUUCAUUAACCUAAUUAUUAUUAGGUCUAUUUUAUCAUAUUUAUGACUUUGGAGAAAUGAGAACAAAAUGCCCUAUCCAAACAGGUUUCUUACGAGGUUUAAACAUACACUUUAAUAUGAGUGAGAAAACCUAACAUUUAAUCAAUAUUCUAUUAACCUCCCUGGCGAUAAUCCCGAGUGUGGCUCGGGGUUAAAGGGAUUCUCCAGUGCCAGGAAAACAUGUUUGUUUUCCUGGCACUGCAGGUUCACGCAGUUCCCCUCUCCCUCCCACCCCCCAUCCCAAGUUGCUGAAGGGGUUAAAACCCCUUCAGUGACUUACCUGAAUCCAGCGCUGAUGUCCCUUGGCGCUAGGUCAGGCUCCGCCUACUCUCCUCACCAGCCGGCGGGGGAGACCUAAUGCGCAUGCACUGCAAUGGCCGCAAACACGCAUUAGACCUUCCUGUAGGAAAGCAUUAUACAAUGCUUUCCUGUGGGGAUUUCGGCGACGCUGGAGGUCCUCACAUAGCAUGAGGACGUCCAGCGUUGCUGAAAACACUUUUCGUGUUCUAUGAAUACAGAAGUCCAUCUAGUAGACAGCCACUAGAGGAGGACUUAACCCUGCAAUGUGAAUAUUGUAGUUUAUGAAAACUGCAAUAAUUACACUUGCAGGGUUAAGGGUAGUGGGAGUUGGCACCCAAAACACUCCAAUGGGCAGAAGUGGUCUGGGUGCCUGGAGUAUCACUUACCUUGUCCCUGCGAGACCCUGGUGUCCUCCGCCCGAUGCCAGAAUCAGUCUUGUGGGCUCCCUUUCCCUGUGAGCACCGCCUGGCAGAACCAGGCAGGAAAUUAAAAAAACAAAGUACACAUACACACAAUACAUUAUAAUUAUUUAUAUUAUAAUUUAUGAUUUCGUGUUUCAAAAUUUAUCAUACCCGCGAUGUCUACUGGACUCUUGUUUGGACAGAUUUAAGUGAGUUAUUCCUAUGAAUUACAAGCCUACAAAAUGAAACAACAAAUUUACAUACAAAACAAUGUACCGCUUUAACAUUCAAAAAUACUGACAUAAUCAGACCCCCAGAGAGGUUAAAAAGGUAUACAAAAUAUAUAAUCAAAAAAGGAAAUGAUAAGGAAAAGCCAAAAGGGAGAAACUAGCGAUCUUUACUAAAUACAUUCCAAUUCAUAGGUAUCUGUAACCAUAUAAUAGGAUAUGUGUAUGUAGAUUGGCCAGUUUUACAUAAGCAUACUCCUACUAUUGGGUAUCCUUUCAACACUUAUAUAGUCAAAUUAGUAGUGAAACCUCUUAAAAGUACUAGUAUCUGCAAAUGUAGCGAUUCCCUGAGAAUCAGAUUAAGUGAAGUGAAUGUAUCAAUUUAUCAGCUGAGGUUUGCAACCAGUGGGACUACACCCAAAGGGAAGAUAGUAUGCUUCCUACUAAAGUGUCUUUCUUUUGUACCCCCCCCAAAAUUGCGAUCUGGUUAAGAAUUAGAGGUAGAAAAAUGCUUUUUCAUCAUGGAGCUUAAAGGACCACUAUAGUGCCAGGAAAACAUACUCGUUUUCCUGGCACUAUAGUGCCCUGAGGGUGCCCCCACCCUCAGGGUCCCCCUCCCGCCCGGCUCUGGAAGGGGGAAAGGGGUAAAAACUUACCUUUUUCCAGCGGCUGGGCUCUCCUCCUCCUCUCUCCUCCGUUCGCCCCCGCUGAAGCUUGCAGCGGCAAGAGCUACGCGCAUUCAGCGUCUCAUAUAAAGCAUUUACAAUGCUUUCCUAUGACAUGGCGUGCUCUCACUGUGAUUUUCACAGUGAGGAAGCAUAGCGCCUAGUGGUGUCAAUGAGACAGCCACUAGAACUUUAGGGAAAACCCAUUCAUAAUUAUAGCAGUUUCUCUGAAACUGCUAUAAUUAUGAAAAAAUGGGUUAACCCUAGAAGGACCUGGCACCCAGACCACUUCAUUAAGCUGAAGUGGUCUGGGUGCCUAGAGUGGUCCUUUAAGUAGCACUAGUCUAUCAUGUGCCUUUGUGGGCACCUAAUCUUAUGUUACUAUGACAAAAACUGGUUGCAUUUGGCAAGGUAUACAAAAAUAUUGAAAACCUUUUAUUUCAAUUGUAAGCACAGAGAUGACCUCGGUGAAAAACCUAGACCUCUAUGUUUGCUUUAGUAGAUUCUCUUAGCUGCUAAAUUAUAUCACCUGGAUGUAAUUUUAAAACCUCACUCCACCAAGGGGUAUUGUAACCUCUUGGGCCAAAAGAGGCAGUACCUUGUAUAAAUCUCUCUACAAGGUAAUAGUAUGGAAAAAUUGGUACGCCUUUGCUGAAUGUUAUUGGCUAAACUCUCUCUUCCAAAGAAAACAUUUGGCCCAAAAUUAUGGAAAAUAAUGGACCCUGCUGUUGCCUUACUAAGUAACUGCAUAUAGAUAAAGGGCUGACACUUUUUAUUUCAUCUUCCAAAUCACUUUCAAAUAGUUUAAGCCUUUGAAUGUUUUUCAUCUGGCUUUUUUCUCCCAGUAGUUUGAAAUUGCGCUAGGCAAACUUCCAGUAGUUUGAGAAUUAAAGGACCACUAUAGUGCCAGGAAAACAUACUCGUUUUCCUGGCACUAUAGUGCCCUGAGGGUGCCCCCACCUUCAGGGACCCCCUCCCGCCGGGCUCUGGGGAGAGGAAGGGGUUAAACUUACCUCUUUCUCCAGCGCUGGGCGGGGAGCUCUCCUCCUCCUCUUCGGCUGAAUGCGCAUGCGCAGAAGGAGCUGCGCGCGCAUUCAGCCAGUCUCAUAGGAAAGCAUUCAUAAUGCUCUCCUAUGGACGCUUGCGCCUUCUCACUGUGAUUUUCACAGUGAGAAGCACGCAAGCACCUCUAGCGGCUGUCAAGAGACAGCCACUGGAGGCUGGAUUAACCUAUUUAUAAACAUAGCAGUUUCUCUGAAACUGCUAUGUUUAUAAAAAAUGGGUUAACCCUAGCUGCACCAGGCACCCAGACCACUUCAUUAAGUUGAAGUGGUCUGGGUGUCUAGAGUGGUCCUUUAACGGAUCCCUCAGCUCACAGCAGAGGGUUACAAAUUGUGACACAUUGGUUUCUAAAUUUCAAAUCUGCUUUGAAUUAUCACUUAUGUAAAAAACUCUGUACCUGUCCUUUUCAUAGAGUUCUAUUCAUUGUAUGUACAUCAGUGCAAACCAUUGCAUACUGUAUUCAUGUAGGAAAUAUUAAAGGAACACUGUAGGCACCCAGACCACUUAAGCUCAUUGAAGUGGUCGGGGUGCAUAGUCCCAGGUCCCUUAAACCCUGCAAAGGUAAAAAGUUCAGUUUUUAAUAAACUGCAGUAAUUACCUUUGAGCGUUAACUCCAACUCUGGUGGCUGUCAAGCAGAUUGCCACUAGAGGGACUUCUGGGUCAUUAGGCGACCUUUGGUCUUCUAACUGACGCUGGACACUAUGCAUGAGGACAUCCAGCAUCAUGUAAAACGCCAUUGGAAAGGAUUAUACACACUUUCCUAUGAGGGAAAAAAUAAUUUGAGUGCCACCACUGCAAAUGCGCUUUACGUCUGCGACAAAGGGGGACGCUAUAGUGCCAGGGAAACAGCUUUGUUUUCCUUUAAGUUCUCUUUGUUGCAAUGUCAUAUCAUAGUCAUGAGUGGAUAUAUAUUUUGUGUUUACAUGCGUUAGAGUUUAAUUUUAAUACACAAUCCGAACAGGUGAAUAAGAAAUAAUCAUAACUAAUUAAUACAUGAAAAAGCAGAAUGACGUCCUCUUACUCUAAUGGCGCUAUAAUGUGAUGGGUGUUCUGAUUUAAUCAUCAGACUGUUAUAUGACAACAAUUUUGAUGCAUUUUAUUCUAAAUCAUAAAUAAUACUUUUUCAUUUGUUAAAGGGGACGAUUUACCUUUUUCGGAAGACACAACGUUCUCUUUUGGGCAAGUUGACACAGGAGUUUCGACUAGUAACAGCAGACAGAAGAGUGAGUAAACUUUUAUUACUGUUUUGAGAACUACAUUACUAAUAAUGCUCAAACAGCUAUGGUCCAAAAUUAACCAUUAAGAACACUCUGGUGCUGCUAGGUAACCAAUGCCCUAUAGGAGAGCACUCUUGGUAAGAGCAUGUAAUCAAUAAAUUCUACAGUGUUAAAAAAAAAUAUAUAUUUUUUUAAUAGUCAUGCUCUUAACAUGUGCUGCAUUAUUAAAGUGGAAAUAUUAGAGAGUUUUACAUAUUCUGAAUAUUAUUUAUCUGAUAAGCUACACAAGUUGAGAUAUUGCAGCUAGCUAGUGUAACUCCAGCUUUAGCAGCUUUUAUUAGGCAGCUAAUGUUAAUUAUGUGCAAAAUGUAUGCUCCGAUUCUCAUUCACUGGCUGAGAGACACUCACCUGAUAGUCUCGGCCAAUAAAUGAAUGGCAGUAUCUGCGUUCUGCAGCUUUGCAGAAACCAGAUUUUAUUCAUCCAUCAAUCUUUGGUGUUUGGAGCCUGGUGGGGCAUGUGUUAGUGGCAAACAAUUGUAAAACAGAUUGCCCUUUUAGUGGGGAACGGUGCUAGAGUAUUCCUGGCGUACAAAACAGUAGAACAGUCUGAGAGUGUAAUUUCUAAUGAGUUGCUAUAAUAGAUCUUUAUUUUUUGCAGUCCUGGAAGAUAAUCCUAUUUGGUGUAGUAAAUGUAAUCUGCACAGGAUUCUUGCUAACAUGGUGCAGUUCUACAAACAGUAUGGGUAUGUAUGUCAGUGCACAGCUGAAAUACCAAUUUCUGCUUACCUUUUAAACACUGUCUGGUAUGUUGUGUUUUUGUUUUAGUUUUAUAUGCCAAAAGCUUUAUUUUUUUUUUGUAAAUAUAUAAUCCAGUGGUUAGCAAAGGGGCACCAUGCAAUAUAACCACUACAGAUUGCUGUAGUCGUUGCCUCAAGUGUCCUGUUGAAAGAAACGCUGGCCAAAUUACAGCUUCCAUAACAACUUUAUCUCAAUGAAAUUAUGUGGACUGGAGUCCCAGGAUGCCUCUUACCUUACAAUGAACAAUGUGCUGGCGCUAAAGGUUUAACCGUAAAGUUGUGUCCCAAGGAGCCCAUUCACACUGCCUUCUCUUAGUUGCUGCUGCACUGAUCUGCAAGAAUUGGAUUGGGCACUGCUUAGAGCAGUAGCGGGCACUCUUGACCAAUCAAAAGCCAAACCUUUAGUAUUACUGCGGCAGCUGGGGGAAGGGAAGAAUGGGGGCAAUGAUGGAUAGUCGCCUGGGAAAAGAACUUCCAGGUUCAACCUUUCUUACAUUUUUAGAUAGAAUUGUUAUUUGCGUAGAUAAUGCAUAAUUAACACUGAGAAACAAUCACUGCUGUCCAGGUUGGACAUUGUUCUCUUCUUGAAAGAUGUUAAACCAAGUGAGGUUGUGCAGUGUUUGUGGUUUUUUUUUUUUCUAUCUGUAGUAUACGUUAAAGAAAAAGAGGGAUUAUUUUUUUUAAAAAGGCAAUAUUAUGUAAAAGCUAUUCCUUUUUUUUUUUUUUUCUAUUGAUCUAUGAAGAGAGUAGUUUACAUGGUCUAAUUUCAUUGAUAUUAUCUGCUAAAGGAAUGUGCAAUAUUUUUUUUUAUUUUUUUUUUUUUUUUAGCUUUAACGGCAUACACCUACCUGACAAUCUUCGAUCUUUUCAGGUAAGAUAUCUAAAAUUUGGGAAAGAUAAACUGAGUCCUCCUUACACUGCAUUUACCCCUGCUUGGAAAAACCUUCCCAUGCAGGGCGAUCAUACCCAAAACACCAACACUCUGGCAUCAUAUCGCCAUUCCAUCAGCGCAUCUGCCACUCUGUUCCAAUAUUCUUCUGUCAAGAAUGAGUAGCUCUUUGCUGAAGAACUGUUUGGCAUCUGGGGAAGGGAGAGUAAUAGACUCAAUGACUGGGUAGACUCAAUUAUGGUUUUCACCUCUAAUAUUUUGUGUCUUAUAAAAUCUUACCUGAAUUAGGCCUUAAUUUUAAUAUUUUUGAAUAAGCUUUUCAGAUGAUUUUAUAGUUUGAAAAAUAUAUAUAAAUUUUUUUUGUUUAUAUGUUUAAUGUUUUGAAAAAAUAAUGUUAGAAGUUUACCCAAAUAUUAAAUCAAGGCAUUAGUUUAAAUGGUAUUCUAAUGUGUUCUAGCUAAUUCAACCAAUAUUUUGUGAUAUCUUAUUAUUUUUUUCUAACUAAAUAUGAAACAUUAAUUUAAUUCAUGUUUUAUUUUUGUUUCUUAGCUUAAUAACGUGUUUGAUAAGCUACUGGGUAAUGGUGAAGAAACCAAACCACACAUAUUCCUUUGGGUAUGUAUUUGUUGUAUAUUUACUACGUUGGGGAGUACUUGUUAUGGGAAUAUGACGGUUAGUCCUUGAGUUAGCCUUAAUUAUCACAUGAUGGUCUAUGCUAUCAUGCAGUGCUUUAACACCUGUUGAUGGCUAUACCGUCAUGCAUCAAUAGUACAAUACCUGCUGGUACCAAGGAGAGUGUAAAAUAUUAUGGACACAUUGCAGGCAAUACAGAUGUCCUUAUAAAUUAUUAUAAAAUAUAUACAUUUUUUUUUUGCCUUUAUUAUUUAGUUUACUUAGUUGGUUAACUUGUAUCUCUAGACCUGUGGAGAUAUAAACCUUAGAAAGGACAAACCCAUUACAUGCAAAUGUGUACAUUUUUGCUUUUAAAGUGCAAAGCUCCAUCUUCCAGUAAUAUUUUGCAGAUGCAUCUCAGUUUUCUACAAUGGUCUUAUUUAUAAAGAAAUUAGUACAGUUAUCUGUAGUGAAUCUUAAAUUAUUGUGCAGUAAAUGUACAGCUCUAGCAAAAGGUAUACAUUAAAGUUGUAUUCCUACAUGAAGUGGACAAUGUUAUCCACUCAUUUUGUUGAUAGCAAAUCCACAUCAAUUCCUCUAUAGAUGUAUUAUUUAUGUAAUUUGAUAUAGUUUUAAAAUUGAACAAAUGUGGUAAUUAUUUUCCUGGCAUCAUGAUCCUUCUGUGGAGAUCAACAAACCUGUUAUAUUCUUGUUUUGUUUUAUUUUUUAAUCUCCCUAUAUUUGUCAUCAUUUGUGUAUAUGUAAUUUCUGCCGUUGAAGCUUGCCUUUUAAUAUUCAAGCUGUGUUUUAGCAUUUAGUUUUUCAUGAUCGAGACUAUGCAAUGGUCCUGCUUUGUGCCUGAAACUAUAUAUGAAUAAUAAUUCUAGGUUUUUCAAGUACACCAAACACGCAGUCAGACACUGGUGUUACAUUUGUAUAUAUAAACAAAUAACCAUUUUCUCUUUUAGAUUCGAGAGGUUUGAAGUAUUAGCUGUUUUCGCUUCCACGGUACUUGCACAACUGGGUGCACUUUUCAUACUCAAAGAAAGGUAAAAAAAUAUAUACUUGAUUCUUGUAUAUCUCAGUUAGAGAGCAGGGAAAAGACUGAGAAUGUUGAAUAAAAUUUUAAGAAAAAAAAAAAUCUAGGGAGUACCUAUAGAGUGAUUACAGUGCACCAUGUCCUCUGUCAAACUGUCAUUUAUAUACACAAUACUAGAACAGGAUGCUAAUGUUCUGUACUACCGAUUUAACUAACCUGUAUGUUUUGAAAAUUAAAUGGAGUUAAAUGGUCUCUUGGCAAUGUCAUUGAAGUUAUAUACAAUAUACCAAAAUACUUGGUAUUGGUUGUACACUGAAUUUUUUUAAUAUGAAUUUUGACAUUAAGACCUGCAAUUUUCUGGUUUUAUAUUUGUGUUUUGCAAUUUCACUGUAAGUUGAACUUGAUUUUAUAUAUUUUGCUUUUUAUCUUAGUGCUGAGCGCUUUUUGGAGCAGCCAGAAAUUCAUACGUGAGUUAAGUUUUGAUUGUUGUAAUUGAAUUUUAGAUUGCAUGAACAGUUUUCAUGCUUUAUGUUUGAGAAAAUAUGCAUGUAUCCGCAGCAGACCCACAACAUCUUCAAUUUAACCCAAUCCGCUAGUAACCCAAAAUACAAAUUUUCCACAUUUGACUUACAGGUUUAAAAGAACACUCCAAGGUAGAAUUUCUACUAUUUAGUUUCCCUUAUUAAUGCAUUCUAGUGAUAUAACUUUUUUAUUUUUUUUAUUUUAUUUAAGAAAUUCUCAGGCCCUAAUUCUUCAGUGACCAUUUCUUUGAAAUUUCUUAACGAACACCUGUCUUUCAUUUAUGUCAAACACUGUAUUCACAUGUGUUCCUGAAUAUCCUACCUAUUCCUGAGCAGAGAUAUAUCGGAAAUAUGCAUCUGCAUGUUUCCUGUUAAAGGGACACUGUGCUUGAAUUGCUUGUAGUGACUGUAAUUCCAUUUAAUGUUAAUCAAUUCUUAGUCAGUUUAACACUGAAUGAGUGUGUCGGGAGUUCCACGGCCUGGCCUUGGUAUCGCCAAGACAGAUUUUAUACACUGCCCUCUAGUCAUACCAAUUCAUACCAGCAAUGGGCACUGUGAUAUAGACUAAAAGCAGUCAGCUGACUUUCUCAGCUAAUCACAGCCACCCAUUUCUAUUCAGGCUGCUUCCUCAUAAGCACAAGCAACACAAACUUUUAUGGGUUGUUGGGGACUUUUUUUUUUUUUUUUUCUUCAUUCAAAAUGGUUUAACGUAUAAUGGAUGGGUUGUGCUGGGGAACUCCAGACACUAUAACCAUUUUAUAUGAAAUGAAGCAGUUACCAUGCCUACUGUGUCCCUUUAAGAUUCUUACCCUUAAAGGGACACUAUACAAGAUAGUUGUAUUGUAUGGUACUGUGCAACCAACAUAUUUCAGUGCUUGUAGUGUCCAUUUAAGAUUAUCCACAGGUGCACAGCUCUAUAUUUAUUACAUUAACGCUAUUUGCAAUAGAAUAAUGUGUAUAUAUUUUCUUUUCCAGGGGCCGUCUUCUGGUGGGAACAUUCGUAGCACUAUUUUUUAACCUAUUUACGAUGCUUUCUGUAAGGAAUAAACCUUUUGCCUAUGUUUCCGAAGGCAAGUAAACUGUUUUUCCUGUAUUUUGAAGGGGCUCUUUAAACACCAAAACAAAAGCUUAAUCAGUUUUGGUCCAUGUAUCAUGCCCCUGCAGUCAAUGUGCUCAAUGCUAUGUAGUAGUUAAUAAGGUUUUGUUUCUGUUUAUGCAGCCUCAGCCACACUCCCUGCCUGUGACUGACAAGGCUGUCAUGAAAAGAUGGCUCUAAUUUCAAUCAGUUCUUGCAGCACAAUGUGUUUAGUUUAUAUUAGAAGUUCUCAUCUCCUGCUCUCUAAAAUUGAAUUUCACCAGGAUAUGAACAGUUCAGGAGAUAAGGAUUUCUAAAUUAAAUAUACUGAGCAAUUAGGGAAACUUAAAAGUGUAGUCUGUUUUUAAAGAAAGUGUGGAUAGUGUUGUGGGUAGGCCUACAUAAAAUGAUUUGGCACUACCACAGUGAAAAUUGGGGGAGAGCAUGUAACAAUCUCCAUAGCAACUACAACAGGACAACAUUGUAACUACUAAUUAUUAGUAGGCAGGGGCACAAGUGGCACAUUGUGAGAUUGUGUGCACGCAAGUCACGUGUACACAAAGUACACAUUAUAGGUGCGCUCCCAACUCUACUUCUAAGCGAAUAAUGUCAAUCCAUCUGUAACCCUCGCACAGAAUUUGCUGACGACAGACAUACUUUUUGCACAGGACUCUCAUUACGCAGUCCAGAACAGAGGUUUAGGCUUUCUAGGUCAGGGUGCAACUAGCCCCUCACAAAAGUGCAGAUAUCUCUGUAUGUGCAGCAACAUACACCUACAGAUUGCUUGCUCCAUGUCCACUUCUAAAAGCAGAAAUGAUCAUGGAGGCUGGAGUAAUCCUUUAACUGUAUUAUCUAUUCUAAAGUUCAGCAAAAAGCACUCAAUCAUUUAGGUGAUACUCCCUUCGCAACAUCAAGUGCAGCGCUAAAUUAUAAAGCUGGGACUUACCCCUCAGAGAGAUACAUGGUAGAUGCACAUACAAACAGAAACCAAUAGAUCUACAUAUAGUGAAUUUAUAAUUCAAUGUAAGUGGAAAUAAACUCAGGUGGCAUACACAACAUUUCUUCUGCAGAUAAAAACAGCUCCCAAUAGGAUGCAUAUGUGUAGAUGAAUCAGAAUAAAAUGGAGACAUUCUAGGUCUAGUAUUAUAUAUAUCAGUGGAAAUAUAGUGCACUUAUAUAAAAAACUCUCACCUGGUGUGGAGCCUGUAGAACUGGCUCCAAAUUGUAUAGCUUGGGGUCUAUUUAUGUAGGAUGACACUCCCCUGCUGGAACCCAGAUGGAGAUUGAGGAUACUCAGAGGUAAGUAUGUGACAAAAAUACCAUUUAUUACCAAAUAAUCAAAACAACAUAUGCAUAUACAAUAAAAAUUAGUUUUUAUAUUAGUGCACUAUAUUUCCACUGAUCUAUAUAAUACUACACCUAGAAGUCCUAGAGUUUAGAGCCUAUAUCCACAGAAAAGGUUCUACUCCAUGUGAGUGAGUUUAUUUCCACUUACUUUGAAUAAUAUAUUCACUAUUCCUUCACAGUAAUACACUAUAUGUAUAUCUAAUUUUUUUUUUCUGUUUUUAUGUACGUCUACCAUAUAUCUCUGAGGGGUAAAUCCCAGCUUUAUAAUUUAGCGCUGCACUUGCACUUUAUAUUGUGAGGCGAUUAUCACCUAAACGAUUGAGUGUUUUUGUUUUUGAACUUUACAUUGUUGGUCGGCUGUUUAGAGUGCUCACAAAGUUGGAUAAAACUUACCAGGAAAGGUUAAAGGAUCUUAACAUGUAUAGCUUGGAGGAAAGACGAGACAGGGGGGAUAUGAUAGAAACAUUUAAAUAUAUAAAGGGAAUCAACACAGUAAAGGAGGAGACUAUAUUUAAAAGAAGAAAAACUACCACAACAAGAGGACAUAGUCUUAAAUUAGAGGGACAAAGGUUUAAAAAUAUCAGGAAGUAUUACUUUACUGAGAGGGUAGUGGAUGCAUGGAAUAGCCUCCCAGCUGAAGUGGUAGAGGUUAACACAGUAAAGGAGUUUAAGCAUGCGUGGGAUACGCAUAAGGCUAUCCUAACUAUAAGAUAAGGCCAGGGACUAAUGAAAGUAUUUAGAAAAUUGGGCAGACUAGAUGGGCCGAAUGGUUCUUAUCUUCCGUCACAUUCUAUGUUUCUAUGUUGCUAUGUGUUUUCUCAGCUGCUACCUUUUGAUACUAUCCAAAUCACUAAGUGCCUAUAAUCACACUACUGUGCUUUCUGUUUGUACCCUGUAUUAUCUAUUCUACUAUCAUCUACUGUAUUUUUCUCAGAAAAAUCCUAUAAAUGACCAGGAUAAAUUUGCAUUUUAAAUGAACAUUUGGACUGUUAAUGUAUUGAUUUAAAGGAUUUACUUAAAAUUGCUUCCUCCCUUCUCCAAGGUGAAGUGGCUGUAUAUUAAUUUUCUCCAAGUGCUAUGAGUCACAUUUUACAAUGUCUAGCUAUGCAGACACACAUUACACUCUGUGGUACUUCAAAAGCAGUAAAGAGCAAGCAGUUGUGCCCGUCAACAUUGUUAUCAAAAAGGAAAAAAAAAAAAAAAACAUACAAAAAAGGUUAAUCUGUUCUACACUUCCUACAAAUAAUUUGUGUGUGACUGGUACACAGUUUUUAAUGAACAACUGAAAGUGCAUAUGUUAACCUUUACUCAUAGCCUACCUGCAGUUAUCUGGCAUUGUGUUAGUGUCUGCUGCUCUCUUUCCAGGCUUCUUGGCAAGAUCAGAGAUACAUACACGGUUAUUCGCUAAAGUGAGAUUUCAAAGUGAAUUUAAAAUGUAAGACCAGAGCAGUUGAAUGGAAAGCACAGCUGACCGAGAUUUUUCCAGUUAAGCAAUUUUAACCUUGCAUUUCAAAUUCAAUUUGCAUUCACCUUAAAUUCUCACUUUAGUUAAUAACCCCGUUAAUUAAAAAAAAAUUGAGAUCGUGUAAUGAAAUGUAUUAAAUAUUGCCUUUUUCUAUGUCUCAUCUAUUAGCUGCUAGCACAAGUUGGCUUCAGGAACAUGUAGCAGAUCUCAGUCGCAGGUAGGACAUGCAGUGUUGAAUAGAGAUGAUGCAAUGUGUCAUUAUUUUUUUAUUUAUUAUUUUUUUUUAACAUUGAACCGAGAGCUGCCAACAUUCUGCACUGGAGAUUCAAAAACCAUGGCAAUAUCACACUUAUCUAAGAACUUUUCAUUUUUGCUAGUAGUAAUGUACUUUUUUUUGUAAUGAAUAUUGAAAAAGAAGCUGAAAUUCACAAGACACUAAAAGGGAUACUUGAGUAGGGAUACAUUAAUACAAUGCGAGUAUGACCAUUAAAAGGAAUGUUUGAUCUCAAUCAAAGCAUGUUAUAUUAUUAUCCAGUCAAACAUAUUGAAGAAAAAUAAAUUGGAGGGGAAAAGGAGGGAAGAAAUGCCCUCAAUCCUUUCACUCCCAUGGCAUAUGUGCUUCUUAUCCAUAUAAUUUUAAAUGUAUUGCGUGUUUACUUAAGAGCAAUAAAGUUUUUUGUUGUGACCAGCCUUUCCACAAUACACUGCAGCUUUCCACUAUUGCUACCAAUAUCACUUGUCAAGUAACCCUAUAUCUUAUUGAGAUGAAAUAAUAGGAACCGCAUGUAAUUCUAUGUAUUCCUUCCAUCAUUGCAGUUUGUGUGGGAUCAUUCCUGGUCUAAGCAGCAUUUUCCUACCUCGGAUGAAUCCUUUUGUGUUAAUCGACAUUGCUGGCGCACUUGCACUUUGCAUUACAUACAUGUUAAUUGAAAUCAAGUAAGUGACCGUUAUUUGCUUAUAAACCUCUAAAUGUGGAGCAGUCAGCAGGAAGAAUGCUGUAUUUCUGUAGUGAUUGCUCCACUUUUAGAACGAUGCCUUAAAUAUACUUGUUAUGCAAAUUCAAGGCCAAAUUCCAGUUUUCAGGAGGUGUACGUGUGUAUGUACUUGCUCUAACUUUUUUUUUUUUUUUCUUCUUUUCUUUGCAGUAAUUAUUUUGCUGUGGACACUGCAUCUGCUAUAGCCAUUGCUAUGAUGACCUUUGGCACCAUGUAUCCAAUGAGCGUGUACAGUGGUAAAGUGUUACUCCAGGUAAGCUUUUAAUCCCUUUACUACCGGAAAUAUACUGUUUGUUUUUUUGUUUUUUGUUUUUUUUACUAAACUCCAAAUUUUAACAAAUUUAAAAAUCAAAAUUGAAAAAUUUAGGCAACAUAGAUGAUCCGGAAAGAUUCUCUAACAUGGCUAGAGUUAAAACAUUUUUUGCAGUUCAGAGUUUAAUAGUUAAACUUUUCUUCAUCUGUCUCCAGUUUAAGAGUUGUAGCAGUUUUGAAAUGCUGUAUUUAUUAUUGGUGAUAUUAACAGACAAAUUUGUUCCAUGAUAAAUUGUAGGUUAAAACAAACUGGAUGGGGAAAGUGGGCUAAAUAGUUCCCAAUUACAAUAAGUCUGUAUUAAAUAUGUUUUUUGGGGUUUUUUUUUUUGUUUUAUUUAAGCUAUGUUUGUAUGUAGUAAGUGGCAUUUUAUCUGUACAUAGUGCUAGGUGAAUUUAUAGCAAAUUUAUUGGUAAAAACAUUUUGAUUACAUUAUAGGUGUUGCAGCAUGUCGAUGCAAACUACAAGUGUGAUUUGUAAUGCUCCCAAUAUGUUUACUGCUUCUUCCUGCCAUAACUAGCUUGUGAAAAAGCUUUUGUACUCCAAUUUAGAAGCAUUUACUUGGUCUCCUGCUGUGAUUUCGAUAUAUUUUUUUAAAAUGUUAUAUUUUUCUCCAUUAAAACCAUUAUAAAUGUAAUUAUUAAAAUAAUUUUAAAUUCAAUUAUUUUAAAAAGUAUGGAGUAAUUUGUCACAUGCAGAUGCAUCUGUGGCAGGUCUAUGUUGAGGAAGAUGAAUGUGCAACAUUGACCAUUUUAAUAUAAUAAAUAUAAAUAUAUAUAUAUAUAUAUAUAUAUAUAUAUAUAUAUAUCUAUAUCCUUCAAUGUUGCUGGUUAGCACAUCUAAUGCUGUGUUGUUGUUUUUUGUUAGACUACACCACCCCAUGUAAUUGGACAGCUUGAUAAGCUUCUCAGAGAGGUGAGAUUGCAUGUUCAAUUCUUAACUGUACUGAGUAGACAGAUAUAUGGUAUUCCAUGCUUCUGAUUAUGCUCUUAUUGACAUAACUGUACUUCACCUCCAUUUCAUAUUGUGUAUCUCAUUACCUGUUUUUUAAAAUAAAGAUUGUCAAAAAAAAUAAAUUCUUUACUGUAAGUUUGCCUGGCACUCAAGGCACCUAGACCUUUUAGCUGAAAUUGUACUUGGCUAGUUUUGCAUUUCUGUAUAUGCCAGCUUUAUAUACUUUUUCUCUAGACUGUAAGCUUGUUUGAGCAGGGUCCUCCUUUAAUGUUGUAAAGCGCUACGGAAUUUGUUUGUGCUAUAUAAAUACCAAUAAAUGAAUAAUGAUGAUGGUUUAGCAAUCCUUGUGUGUGUUCUGUAAUAUCCAGUAAUCAAGACCCUGUCUGCAGUACUAAAAUGUUGGAUUUGUGCACCAGCGCUCACACACCUAGUCAAAUAUGAGGGUGUAUGUGAAUUAAAGGUAUUCAACUUUGGUUCAUAUAACCAAAAUUGCUAGAUUUAAAAGUAAUUCCACAGCUCAUUGUUAUUAAAUUAAGAAAGCUAGAUCCCAUACAAAACUCUAUCUGAAAUGUUAUUUUUAAUUCUACGUCUAAAAGCACCUAUUGAAAAUGGUAGUAGUCACAAAAGAACUGGCAUGUUCUAAGCUUUUUCAAAAGAAAACACUGCUUUAAAUAGGAAUAAAAUAUCAAUCCUCCUUUGUAUCUUGUACAGGUUUCCACUUUGGAUGGUGUCCUUGAAGUUCGCAAUGAGCAUUUUUGGACUCUGGGCUUUGGUACCUUGGUAGGUAUAAUCUAAUUAAUGCCACUUUCCGAACAAUCUUAUGUGUGGUGUUUGUGCCAAUUUUUUUAGGAGCCAUAAUGUCCGUGCAUUAUAUGUGGAAUAUACCAUUAAAAAGGCACUUUGGCACAUUCUGAAUCUCUGUGCAGUGUGCGCACACACUUACACAAGCAGACGUGUGCGCAUGAAUGUGAAUGGGACACAUUCAUGGGGAUAUAGCUUAUUUUUCGCUUCCAAGGAAAAGAGGGGAGGGUUUGAAAAUGCUGCAUAUCAUAAGAAAUGCAGCUUUUGCAAGCUUUUUUAAGUUAUAUCCCCAAUGAAUACUGCAUGUUCUAAUUGAAGGUAUAUCUACUAAAGAGUGAAAUGUACUUAUUUAUGCUAACAUUUUAGCAUGGAGUGGUCCUUUAACCUUAUUAUAAUAAUGAGAAAAGUGCAGCAGGUGGCGAUUGGGCUAUUUGAGAAUUCUAGAUAAAAGUGACGGUUAUAUUACUCUGCCCUAUUUUACCAGCUCAAUAAAACUAUUUGGAAUAUGUCAGUUAUAUAAGAAUAUUGGAAAAAUAUAUAUCAAGAUCUGAUUAUGGUUAAUUCAACCUCUGUAAACCACAAAGCUCUUCAAUUACCUUGAUUAAGCUGUUACAGUAUCAUUAUAGCCUGAAUUUCCACGAAGGCACAAAUGCUAUGUUGAUUUCUUUAUAUCUUUCAGGCAGGAUCAGUGCAUGUACGGAUAAGAAGAGAUGCUAAUGAACAGAUGGUACUUGCUCAUGUUACAAACCGUCUUUAUACUUUGGUUUCAACGUUGACUGUUCAGAUUUUCAAGGAUGAAUGGGUUAGGCCUGUGUUAUCUUCCAACCCGAUGCCUCCCAAUAUUUUGAAUAUUCCUGAACAUCACAUUAUUCAGAUGCCUACUCUGAAGAACCUAAGUGAUGAACUGACCCCGUUGACAUCUACUCCAUCCAAACCAAGCAGUCCACCUCCUGAAUUUGCGUUCAAUACGCCAGGCAAAAAUAUAAACCCUGUCAUCUUGUCAAACACUCAGGCAAGACCCUUUGGCGUAGGAUUUAAUUAUGGGUCUACACCGUAUGGUGCUACUUUUACUCAAGGACUUGGAGUGCCUGGUGUUGGCACCACACAGGGUUCACGGACUGGCUUUACAAAUGUUGCCAACAGAUAUGGGACAUACGCACCUGGACAGUUCACUCAGUUCAGACAGUGACGGCCUGUUUUUACUUCAUUUUAUUUCUUACUUUUUCAAAAGUAUUUUCCUGUUCCUCUAUUGAGGUCUCCAUUGGCUCUGUCUUUGAGUCGAGCACAUGAUUAAACUGUAAAGAAACUUGCAGAGAACGUUUGUGCAUGGAGUCUUUGUGAACCUAUCACACCCUAUAAUUCUUUUGCAAUGGAAACCACUUGUACAUUCCCUAUAUGAUGAUUGAGACAGGAUUCCAAGUUCCACUCUUAAAAUUAGUCCUGUGUUGGUCCUUAGUAUUCUAAACAAUAUUUUAAAUUCUUCUUCAACAAUAGGAUUUUUAAUAAAGGGUAAUGGUGAAAAUUUUAUAUACAAAUGUAUUAGGUUUAUAAAAGUCCUUAGUUAUAGAGCUAUAAAUGAUCUGUGUACAUACAAAGAAGGAACAUACUAACAGAGUGACUCCAAUGACUCUUGGGGCUUUGCGCCAUACAUUAAAGGGACACUAGUCACAAAAACGUUAGCUUAAUGAAGCAGUAUUGGUGUAUAGAUCAUGCCCUUGCAGUCUCACUGCUCAAUUCUCUGCCAUUAUGGAGUUAAAUAACGUUGUUGAUGCAACUCUACUCACACCUCCCUACAUGUGACUUACACAGCCUUUCCUAAACACUUCCUGUAAAGAGUAACGUUUACACUUCCUUUAUUGCAAAUUCUGUUUAAUUCUUAUCGCUUGCUAGACCCUGCAGGGGCUUCUUGUGUGUGAUUAAAGUUGAAUUUACAGAGCAGGAGAUAACACUUUGAAAGCAAGUCAACAUUUGAUUGAAAAAAUGAAACCUUUUUAUUUUUCAUGCAGGCUGUGCCAGUCAGUCAUGAAAGGUAUGGCUAAGGCUGCAUGAACAGAAACCAAAGGGAUUUAAUUCUUAAAUGGCAGUGAAUUGAGCAGUGAAAACCUCAGUAAAAAGUGUAUUUUUUUAAUUUUAUAAUUAUAACUGGAUUCAUUCUCCAAAAGAGUGUUGGAGGUGUAGUUGUUUUCCAAUUAUAUUUUCUGUUCAUUGGAUGUAAACACUCCAGUUAAAGCUUACCUUGGCACGUCCGAUAAUUACAAACUCCAUUUGAUGCCCACCCAGCCUGUUGGUUAUAUUUCACUGGUGGGUAAUGUAAACCAUAAUGUUAUAUUUUAACAGGAGGUGUUAUUAUAACUAGGUUAAAUGAACACUAUUGUGUUAGGCGUACAAACUUGUAUGCCUACAGUGUUGGACUACCUAUUUGGAUGACUGGCCCUGCUUAGAAUGGAAUUAAAAGGUGUUUAACUCCACUUUUCUUGAUCACUAUGACUGGCCCUGCCUCCACAGCUGAGAUCAUCAAUAUUGAUGAUCUCACAGGAAAGCAGUGGGAGACAAUUGCACAUGUGCAGCAAAAGACCAAGCUGUGCCAAUCAAUGCUUCUUUAUGGGGAAUGUUCAGCGAUGCAGCACUGAAAUAGGAAGAACCUCUAGUGGCUGUCUGAGUGGCUGCACCUAGAGGUGUUACUAAGCAUCAAUGGAAAGACUGCCUUUUCUAUGCAAAAAAACCCCAAAAAACUGUUUGAAUUGCUGAGCCUGCGGAGACAGGCUAUAGACACCAGAACCAUUAUACUGUAGUGGUUCUGGUAACUAUUUUAAGGUCCAAUCACUGGUAAUUAUCUAGUUUAAGCAGCAAAAUUGACUUGUCCCUACUGUAUUAGUCCAUGAUUGCUCACCUUGGUGACAUAUAUGUCAACUGUAUUUCCUAUAAUACCAAGUCAUCCUUUUGGGGCAAUGGACUCCUCCCUUCUGGUAUGAUGAUCCCUCUUGUGGCGAACUCAGAUGUGUUCACGUAUCCUAAUUAUUAUUAUUUUUUUUCAUUUUCAUCUGUUUGGUAUAUUUUUGUCGUUGUGCUGUAUAUCUCCAGAUGUAGGUCAAACUGGGUCAUUUAAAACAAAUGGGAAAACAUUAUUUUACUCCACAAGAAUUAACUGCUUUGGGGAGGUAGAUGGUAUGCACUAGUAAAACAUUUUAAUGGAUUGAUGUAGUUAGUUUGCUGCUUUUCAGUCAUGUCUGUACAUGAUUAUGCACCAAAGAAAUGUCAAGCAUUUUAGUAAUUACACAUUUAUGAGCAAGCAGACUCCAGUCUUGAAUGUUCCAUAUAUGGAAAUAUCUAUUUAUCAUUUGAGAUACAUGUUUGCUCUGUAAAACGAUCAAGUUACUGUUUUGCUUGAGUGUUGUGACCAGCAGACAUCAGAGCAUUACAGCUGUGCUCAGACUAAUCGCAGUAGCUCCCAGACUCAUCUCUCCUAUGCAUUCUCCCUUCUUGUUCAUUUCCAGUGGACACGCUAAAGAGGGAGCUCUAAGCACACCACAGAGUGAGCCAGUACUCUCUCAUUGUAGAUGGACAUGAACUUGCAGUUACGCUGGUGUUUUCAACAGGUUAUUACUGUAACCAGAAAUUGCUGAUUUCAUGUUUUUCAUAGAAUGGGCCAAAUUGAUCAAGAUAAAAACAAGUGUCAUACCAAGAGUAACCUGUUGUCUCUUCAGAGUCCAGUAUAUCUUCUAUACUGUUUGACCAGGGGAAUCUAGUAGAUCCUUUUAAAAUAUGUUGAAAUACAAAUAAGGUGUUUGUGUAUUUUUACUUAGUUCUGUAAAAUGUUAUUAGAGGGUCUCUAUCAGAACAUGUUUUACGGUCUAACAUAUGGCAUUUUAACUCCUUGAACUGCCAGAGCUGUUUGUAAAAAAAAAAUAAAAUGUAACCUCUACUCCAAACAUGCAAUUGAUAGCUAGAACAUUGCUAGUAUGAUUCACCGGUCGUUUAGCACUCGAAAAUAAGGCGAACAACAAAAAUAACAAAUGGAAAAUAUAAUUUUUUUUUUUAUAAUCCAACUAAUAGUGAUGGAAUAAUUCUGGAUAUAGAGAGGAAUACAAAUAACUAGUAUAUUACACCAAAAAAACCCCCACACAAUAUGAAAAAAAAUAAUGAAAUUUAAAUGUUAAUUCCUAUAAAGAUAUAAGUACUGCUCUCAAAAUUGCCAUAUAAGAAUAAGCUCUCUGGAUACCCUGAAGGGGUUCUUAAAUAAUAAAAGCCCCAUUUAGAAUAACAAAGUCUUUUUAGAGCGGUUAUGAACUGAUCAACUGUAGUUGAACACGUUGACUGGAAGAAACAAAGUCUAAUUGCAUAAAUGGGUAUCAAUCCACUAUGAUUAAAGGAACACUUCAAGUACCAUAACCAAUACAGCACUAGUAAGUUAUGGUACCAGGAGUGCCCUGGCGCCACCUCAGUUUAAUUAGUCAAACUGCUAAUGGUAUCACUUCUUACCCAGGGUCCACUAGGCAUCACUUCCUGCCUCUUUGCAGACAGACUUUCUCCACUAAUUAAGUCUGUCGGUGCAGGCCUUAAUGUGUUGGCUGAGAGUGAUUAGCUGAUGCUCUCAGCCAACGAGCUAGCACUAUAUUAGAUAAGGAUCUCUAAUGGGUUAAAAAGAACAGAUGGUUAUUUGCUAUGCGGUUUUCUGAGAAGGCCAUAGUUUUGGCUAAACGUUCUGACGUCAUUAUAGUCAUGUAGACAAAGGACCACAUUCUGUUGUUGCCCUCACUUUCUGGACAAAGGCUCUUCCCAUUGAAGAGCUCUAUAAGCUGUACCAUCUGUUGAGGUUUUUUUAAGUUUUUAUAUAUUGCUGUUUGCAUUGUGAGUAGAAUAAAUGUAUAUUUUUUUUUAUAAUGUAUGUUAGAUUGCAUAUUAAUAUUUUUGGGUGAUAUAGAAGUAUAUUUCGGUAAGCCCUUAAUACAAAAAAGAUAAACAUAAAAAGACUUAUCCCAAUCACCCAUAACCUAUAAAUAUUAAUUUCAGGCACUACCAGGCUUGGCUCAAGACAUUCUGACUCACUUUUUGCUGCCAUGAAGCAGAGAGUGAUGUCUGAUGGACCCCAGGCGAGACGUCAAAACAUUUGCAAAUGGUUUAACCACUUACAGUGGAGAAGCACCAAAGAAAUACUGAAACCAUAAUGCACUGUAGUGGUUUUAGGAGAGUUUCUGCCUGCCUCUUAAAGGCCACACUCUCUAAAGCAGUGCUUUACAAACUGUGUUGCGACAUUUUAGUGUGUCGGUUGGUGUGUGUCAUGCGAGCGGAACUAUUUUAUGCAGGUGUCAAUUAGUAUGUACUGCAUACUAAUUGGCACCUGCAUAAAAUGGUUGCGCUUGCAAGACACUAUUCAGUGCCGAUUAGUAUCCAUCGCUGUUGAGGGAUCAUACUGCGCAAUGGACAACGGAAGUGGGGCAUCAUGACGUGGUUACGCUUCCCAAAGAGCCUUACAAAAAUUGUGAUAAGUGUCAUAAGUGUGAUCCUAUCAACCUCAUACAUUUCAAUAAAACGGUAAGUAGUUAUUGGUUUUAUUCAAAUAUUUUUAAUUCUUGCACAUAUUUACAUAUUGUUACUCAUAAAUGACAACAGUCUUGGAAAUGUCUUAUCUUACAAAUCCUAUAUUUUUAAAAAUAUACAUGAAAAAGGUUUUCAUGAGAUAUGUUGUGUCCACAAUUAUUUUGUUAUUACGAUUUAUGUAUGUGUCUGUAUCUCUUUUAAUUGGUUAGUAAUAGUUUAACCUCCGGUUUGCUAGUAAAACUGCUUUAGAGUGUCGUGAAAUGUCUAAAAAGUGUCACCAACAUGGAAAGUUUAGAAAACUCUGCUCUAGAACAUCUAGGCUAGUGAUGUUGAAGUAGGCACCCUUUUUUUUCUGAUUUUUAAAAGAGUGUUUAGAUUAUCAUUUUUAUUUCAGUCAAUCAGAUGGAGAUUUCUCAUUGUCGACAUAAGAAUAAGUAUCCUAGAUACAUUGCUUAUAGUAAAAAGCAUCUGUGUGUUUCAUGUUUGCCAGCAGCAGCUUCUGAAGGUCUUCUAUGUGCUCAUUCGGUAGCCACACUGGAUGUCCUUUCCUGAAUUAGAGAGUCAGUGGAAAAAGCCUUCAAUAUCCCAUUCCAGUCAGCUUCUAACAGCAGUAUUGAAGGUACAUAUGCCCAGGAUGUUUCCUGACAGGUGCCUGCUCUGCCACUAAAUGCCAGUGCCUGGAGGAGAGGGGGAAGGAGAAGCCAGGCAGCGAGGGAGGCUGUUCUUGCAGCCUCUCACUCCUCCUUCGCGCCCUCUGUGAUGCCGGGAGCCGGAAUAUGACAUCAUUCCUGCCCCAGCAUACUAAACAUCGGGUGGAAGGAGUGAGGAGCUGCCCUACACUGGACCCCAUGGAAGUGAGUGUUUGAGGGUUUGACUGUCAGUGUGUGUGUGUGUGUGUGUGUGUGUGUGUGUGUUUGUCAGUGAGUGAUUGUAUGUGUCAGUGAGUGAAUGUCUGUGAGUGUCUGUGUGUCCGUCUGUCAGUGAGGGAGCGUAUGUUUGUGUGUCUGUGAGUGAGUGGUUGUAUGUCUGCCAGUAAGUGUUUGUGUGUCUGUCAGUGAGUGAGUGCAUGUCUGUCAGUGAGUUUCUGUGUGUGUAUCAUUGAGUGCAUAUCUGUCAGUGAGUGAGUGACAUGAGGGGGUGGCAAAGUAGAUCUUUGCCUAGGGCGGCCGAAAUCCUUGCACCGGCCCUGUACCUCAAUACAAAAGAAAGCGGUUUGAUCAUGCUUUUUCUACAGAGCACCGCAAUUAUGGAACAACUUCCCACACAUUUUCAAAUCUUCCCCAGGUCUAAAAUACUUUAAGAGAAACAGAAUGCACCUGUCAUGGUUGAUUAUAUAUUUCCUACUUGUUAUAUGUUACAUUUUGUAUGUAUUGUGUAUUAAUAUUGUUUUUGUAUUUUAUUGUACCCUAUUGUAUCAAUGCAAUAUUUUGUGGACCCAGGACAUACUUGAAAACAAGAGAAAUCUCAAUGUAUCUUUCCU